AUGUCGUCGGUCCCACACCUCGACGUAGCCUUUAGUUGGAAUGGUGGAGUCGCAGGACAUGCGUUUUUCCCUGUAGUGAAGGCUGUUCGUCCCGAAUGGCAGACUGAAUUGGUUAAAUACCGUUAUUUUACGGAAGGAAUCAGCAACAAGCUGAUCGGUGCACACACGGGAGCUACAAUGGACGAUGAUCCUGAUGCCAUUCUCAUUCGAAUUCAUGGAAACGACACCGAUCUGCUUAUAGACCGUGAACGAGAGAAACAGACGUUUAAGCUUCUGUUUGACCACAAAUGCAGUACAGCACGUCUCCUUGCCACGUUCAACAAUGGUUGCAGCUAUAGCUAUAUUGCCGGACGUCCUCUAGAUGUUGAGGAUGUUCGUCAACCUGAUAUUUGUAAGCUGAUCAUUAGUCGGAUGGUGCAGAUGCAUGGUAUUCAUCAAUCGGAUGAUGCUUCAAGCUGUGUGCCCGCUCUCUUUUCAACCUUGGACAAAUGGAUGGAAAUUGUCUCAUCUGACAUGAGAACUCAACGAACGGAAAGAAUGGAAAGAGAUGUUCCUUCUGCAGAAGUGUUGGUGGCAGAACUUCAGCUUCUACGUGACUCUCUAGUUCCUCUAAACUCCAAAGUCGUGUUCUGCCACAAUGAUCUACUGGUGAAGAACAUCAUUAUUAGCAAAGCAAAAGAUAGCGUUACUUUUAUUGACAAUGAAUAUGCGAAUUUCAACUACAGAGCAUUCGACAUAGCUGACCACUUCUGUGAAUUUGCAGGUGUGGACAACGUCGACUACAGUCGAUACCCGGACAAAGACUUCCAGAUGCAAUGGUUACAGCUUUACUUGGAAGAAACAGCUCGACAAAGUGGAUCAGAAAGAUCAAUUGACACAGAUGAGAUUGAAAACUUGUACGUGGAAGUGAAUAAGUUUGCCCUGGCAAGCAAGUCACCUGUUUUGGGGCGUAUGGGCACUAGUACAAGCAACACACUCAGAUAUAGAAUUCGACUUCUUAGGGUAUGCCAUUAUUAGAAUCAAUGAAUACUUCCAAAGGAAAGAAACAUUCUUGAGAUUGACAGUUGAGAAUUAGAAUGUCAGCAAAACAGGAUUUAUUUUAUAUCAACACAUACGUUUGUAUGUAAUACUACUACUACGGAGUGUUUAUACUAUCAAGU